AUGAGCAUAAAAGAUCUCACACAGGUGAAAAACCAUAUUUCUGUCAUGUGUGCGGGAAAUGUUUUUCACAAAAGUCUAAUCUUAAAACACACCAAAGGCUUCACACAGCUGAGAAGCCAUAUUCCUGUCCUGAGUGCGGGAAAUGUUUCCAUUAUAAAUCCAAACUUGAUGAUCAUAAAAAGAUCUCACACAGGAGAGAAGCCACAUUCUUGCCCUGAGUGUGGGAAAUGUUUUUCAGCUAAGUCCAAUCUUUACACACAUCAGAGAUCUCACACGAGAUGUUUUUCAGAGAAGUCCAAUCUUCACAAACAUCUGAGAUCUCACACAAGGGAAAAGCCAUUUUCCUGUUUUGAGUGUGGGAAAUGUUUUUCAGUGAAGUCCAGUCUUCACAACCAUGAGAGAAUGCACACUGGGGAGACGCCGUUUUCCUGUUCUGAGUGUGGGAAAUGUUUUUCACUGAAGUCCAGUCUUCACAAACAUCUGAGAAUGCACACAGAAUGUUUUUCACAGCAGUCCAGUCUUUGCAGACAUCAGAGAUCUCACACGGGGAAGAUGCCAUUUUCCUGUUCUGAGUGUGGGAAAUGUUUUGUACAAAAAUCAGAUCUUGUCAAACAUCAGAGGUCUCACACGGGUGAAAAACCAUACUCAUGUCCUGAGUGCGGGAAAUGUUUUUCAGCUAAGUCUAGUAUUUAUAAUCAUCAGAGACUGCACAAGGGAAUGAAGCCAUAUUCCUGCUCUGAGUGUGGGAAAUGUUUUGUACAAAAAUCAAAACUUGUUGUACAUCAAAGAGGUCACACAGGGGAAAAGCCGUAUUCCUGUCCUGAGUGUGGGAAAUGUUUUUCAGACAAGUCUAUUCUUUACAGACAUCAGAGAUCUCACGCUGGGGAGAAGCCACUUUCCUGUCCUGAGUGCGGAAAAUGUUUUGUAUACAAAUCAGGACUUGUUAUACAUCAGAGAUGUCACACAGGGGAAAAGCCGUAUUCCUGUCCUGAGUGCGGGAAAUGUUUUUCAGACAAGUCCAGUUUUUACAGACAUCAGAGAUCUCACACGGGGAAGAAGCCACUUUCCUGUCCUAAGUGA